AUGGGUCGAUUGGCAGUACUUCCAGUAUUCUUUGCCAUCACCUUGAUUCUCUCUUUGGCCUUUGGAAAAAAUGUCGCUCCUCGUACACUCCCAACCCCAAAAAGAAUUACGAAUAAAGCACUGGCCGUGAAUGCUCGUGGCCAUGAAGGCACCGAGAAGAAGUUAUCCGAUGAUGUCCUGCCUGAACAUAUCUUUUAUGAAAACUACCAAGUUAAUUUUUCCUGGAAUAAUAAACAACUACAAGCGGCCCUGGGGAUUCAACCAUUACCAAACCUUGACAAAAGAAGUAUCGUCAAACGCACGCCUGGUAGUCAGCCUGGAGAUCCAGUGUUCAAAUUGCCCAGUUGUUUGGGAUGCAUAGAAGCGGCUGCAGGCAAAGUCACCAGUAUAAAUGACUUGACGACGGAAUGGCUUGAAAAACAGAUACUCUUACCAGACUCUCAGCUGAUGAACCGAUGCGUAUUUUACACUUCUGUCCCUAAGGAAAACGAGGACAAGGCAGAAUGGGCCCUUCGACAGACAAUGGGCCAUCUCGACCACCCUGGCCUUUCAUGGUUCGCUACGGAUUGGGCUUGCAAAAAGAAAUUGUUGUCUAUAUGGAAUUUGUAUUCGGGCAAGAACGAUAUCAGCAACCCAAACCCCGACAACCCCAAGGAUCGUAACUACUGGGAAGUCUUCGUCGACGGCAGCUGGCUCGCCUUUUUGCAAACAAAUCAAGUGUAUUUCACCUACUUUGAACACAUGUCCCGCGCAAUGGCUAGACACUGCGGCGGCGUAGUCUAUGUCAUGUCUCUCAAGCCAAGACAACUGUCAAAGUACCAAUAUAUUUGGGCCGCUGAGUUUUCAGAGUUAAAGGCAAGAUACUCAGGCGCUUCUGCUGGAAGGCCAACGCAACUGGUGGCAGUUAAUGCGAUAGAUAAUACUGAGCAAUGGAACAUUAGCUGGGAUGAUCUUUCAGCCGAUUCCACUCCUCUGCAGAAAGGUGAUCCUGGCCAUAUUGAUUUUGUCCGUCUUUCUUUGGAAAGCAGGGCCAAUUGUCAAGCCAAUCUCGAUUAUGAAGUCAACAUGGAUUGGUUUGGCUAG